AUCUUUCUUACAGGCGUUGCAUCAUACCCCCAAGCGGCAUUAAACUGACUUGUUUUCCUUUUUCUUAAAUCUCGCAGUCAUGAGAGGCAACGGGACAAAGUCCCUGACCAUCGUCAUCAAGCUUGGAACAAGCUCCAUCGUCGAUGAGAAGACUCAUGAACCGCUUCUUCCGAUUCUGACUCUCAUUGUUGAUACGGCGGUAAAGCUUCGCAAAGAUGGCCACAGAGUGGUCAUCGUUUCGUCCGGCGCUAUCGGUGUUGGUCUCCGGCGUAUGGACAUGGAGAAGCGGCCUAAGCAUCUCGCACAGCUACAGGUUGGAACCGCUCUCGCAGCGAUCGGCCAAUGCCGCCUCAUGAGCCUCUGGGAUAGUCUGUUCACCCAUCUCAGGCAGCCAAUUGCUCAGAUUCUCCUUACUCGAAACGAUAUUGCAGACCGAACUAGAUACUUUAACGCCCAAAACACCUUCCAUGCCCUUUUGGAACAAGGCGUAAUUCCUAUUGUUAACGAGAACGACACUCUUGCCGUUUCUGAAAUCAAGUUUGGCGACAAUGAUACUCUCUCUGCUAUCACUGCCGCUAUGAUACAUGCCGACAUGCUGUUCUUGAUGACGGAUGUUGACUGUCUCUAUGACAAAAACCCCAGAACCAAUCCAGAUGCUAAGCCUAUCGAGGUGGUCGAAGACAUUGCCGCACUACAAGCUGACGUUUCCAGUGCUGGUUCGUCUCUAGGAACAGGAGGCAUGAGCACCAAGAUUAUUGCUGCCAGACUAGGCACUUCUGCUGGAGUCACGACUGUCAUUACGAGGUCUUCUAACCCAGGAAACGUGCUCAACAUUGUGCAGUAUCUACAGUCAAUACAAAGGGGGAACACUCCUCCCAGUCCGGACGAGCGUGCUGAAGGCUUGUCACGAUCAGCCUCAGCUCUGACGCUCUCCAACUUAAAUGACGCCCCUUGGCCCCCCCUGCAUACUCGCUUCAUCCCCGCCAACGAUCCCAUCAGGGACCGUCACUUUUGGCUGCUUCACACUCCUCAUCCUCACGGCACCCUCUACAUCGACUCAGGCGCUUACAAGGCCCUUGUUGGCAAGGCGGGUCUGCUUCCAGUCGGCGUCAUUGAUGUCGAGGGUAACUUUGCCCAGCAGGAAGUGGUGCGUCUCGUAGCAGUCAAGCGACGAUCAACCCCUGGGCCUGAUGGCAAAAUGUGGGAGGGCACCCCUGAAGAAGUCGGUCGAGCUCUGGUCAACUAUGCCGCCGCUGAGAUCGCGCGGAUCAAGGGCAAGCAGAGUGUUGAGAUUGAGAAGAUUCUUGGCUAUGCUGAUAGUGAGUAUGUCGCUCACCGACAGCAUGUCGGUUUCUUUAAGAGAGACAGCAGGCCAGUGAGUCCAGCUCGGGAAAUAAACGGUGCGGUAAUGGAAUAGGAAGACAAAGAAGAGGCCUCGGAGAUGGACAAAAUGGGGCAAGCGAAUACAUUUCAACAUAUACAACGCUUUGAUGACGACGAUGAUAUCUACCAAUCUACCAAAUAAC